AUGUCCCACUCCAUUGGACCCCUGGAAAUUUCUGAGGUCAAAGGAAACGAAAGUGAAAUUGAACUGGAGCCAUUUUCAAGAGUCUCGGAGCGGCUUCCUGGGCCUGUCCAAGGAGAUAUUUCCUGUCCGAAUCCCCCGCGGUCCCGCUGCUUGCUCGAAACCGCGGUGGGAAGUCGACCGAGUGGGGAGUCUCCUGGCGGUUUGCACGGGCGGUUUGCACGGGGAACCCUGGGAGAGGGGGAUUGUGCUGCUGGCCGGAGGGCGAGAAAUGCCUCCAGCACCGUGAUGGACCAGUGGCAGGUGAGGCUGGGACAGGGGGGUUCCCUCAACAGUUAUUUCUUCCAUCCAAUUCAAGGCUAUGACUACAGUGAGCUCAGACACCAAAAGUCAGGCCCAGGAUCUUCCCUGAAUAGUUUCCAGCUCCAGCAAAUAGAGUUUCUCCAGGGACGACUUCCGGAAGUGCCCUUGACUAGAAAGCAGACACCGUCACCACCAUUCUUCCCUGGACUCCAGCCAAGAGACCGGCAGCUGCAGACCUGGGAUACUCCCAGGGUUGUGUCUCCCAGAAGUCAGGGGCUUCAUAGAGGCUUCCAGCAGCCAGCGAGGUGGAUUCGGCCAUGGAGAGGUGUUGAUCGGCUUGACUCACAUUUUCAGGAACUGAGCAUCAGCCAAGGGCCAGAACAAAGGAUCUUAGCUCUCUUGGAGGAAGGAAAGACCGUCACAGCUUGUGAGCUGUCUAAAAAACUUGGAAAGCCAAAGAAAGACAUCAAUCGAGUUUUAUACUCCUUGGAAAAGAGGGGUAGGGUGUAUCGACAGGUAGGAACACCCCCUUUGUGGAGCACUGUAAUCUCAUUUCCGGCUGGGAACCAGCACAGCAAAGUUGUGAGACCUGACAAUCGUAGUCCAGCCCCUCCACAUUCAGACUCCAGUUUGGAAACUGAAGACAGAAACUUCUUAUCUCGUUUGGAAGCUGAACAUAGAAACCUCACAUCUGGCUUAGAAGCUAAAGACAGAGACUCCGUAUCUGACAGAGACCCUGAAUCUGGCUUAGAAAUAGAAGACUCAUCUGGCUUGGAAUAUCCUCUUGAUCCUUCUGACAUGGCUGAGAUCAAAGAGAAAAUCUGCAACUAUCUGUUCAAUGUGGCCAACUCCUCUGCCCUAAAUUUAGCUAAAAAUAUUGGCCUCACCAAGGCCCGAGAUGUCAAUACCAUACUGAUUGACUUGGAAAGGCAGGGGGAUGUCUACAGACUGGGAGCAACCCCUCCCAUAUGGUAUCUGACUGACAAGAAACGAGAAAGGAUGCAGCUCAAGAGAAGUACAUACAGCGUCCCUGAACCCUCUGCUGCGGCUACCUCUGAGGCCCAAAGAAAUGUCGCUGUCCCUGCUAGUAACUUACCUGCUGCAGGUGCUUCAGACAACGCGGCCUCCAUGGGGAAAGUACCAAAUGGACCGGAGCCCGUCGUAAAGUUAGAAAACAGGCAGGAAGCCACACCAGCGCCAGUCAAGGUGAAACCACCUGUUCGCGACAGUGGCCCCUCAAGAACAGGGUAUGUUGACUUUGAAAAUGGCCAGUGGGCCACAGAUGACAUCCCAGAUGAUUUGAAUAGUAUCCACGCUGCACCAGGUGAGUUUCGAGCCAUCAUGGAGAUGCCCUCCUUCUACAACCAUGGCUUGCCACGGUGUUCGCCCUACAAGAAACUGACUGAGUGCCAGCUCAAGAACCCCGUCAGCGGGCUGUUAGAGUAUGCACAGUUCACUAGUCAGAGCUGUGAGUUCAAGCUGGUAGAGCAGAGCGGACCGCCCCAUGAACCUCGAUUUAAAUUUCAAGUUGUCAUCAGUGGCCGAGAAUUCCCCCCAGCGGAAGCUGGCAGCAAGAAAGUGGCGAAACAGGAUGCAGCUAUGAAGGCCAUGACCAUUCUGCUUGAGGAAGGUAAAGCCAAGGACAGUGGGAAAUCCGAGGAACCAAGCCAAAGUUCCCCAGAGAAAGAACCUGAAAAGACUGCUGAAACCCAGCCCACUACCACUUCAUCGAUAUCUCUUAUUUCUGGAAAGAGCCCAGUCACUACACUGCUUGAAUGUGUGCACAAGUUGGGGAGCUCUUGUGAAUUCCGCCUCCUGUCCAGGGAAGGCCCUGCCCAUGAACCCAAAUACCAGUACUGUGUUGCAGUGGGACCCCAUACUUUCCCUACUGUCAGUGCUCCCAGCAAAAAAGUGGCAAAGCAGAUGGCUGCAGAGGAAGCCAUGAAGGCCCUCCAGGAGGAGGCUGCCAACUCCACAUCUUCUGAUGAGCAGGCCGAGGGUACAAACUCAGAAUCACCUGACAACUCAGAAGAAGCUGGAGCACCCAAGGUCAGAAGAGUCUGUGAGCUCGUCAGAUACUUGAACACCAACCCUGUGGGCGGCCUGUUAGAAUACGCCCGCUCUCACGGCUUUGCUGCCGAGUUCAAGUUGGUUGACCAGUCUGGACCACCUCAUGAGCCCAAGUUUGUUUAUCAAGCAAAAGUUGGGGGUCGCUGGUUCCCAGCCGUCUGUGCCCACAGCAAGAAGCAAGGCAAGCAGGAAGCAGCAGAUGCGGCCCUCCGCGUCUUGAUUGGGGAGAAUGAGAAGGCAGAACGCAUGGGUUUCACAGAGCUUCCCCUCACUGGCAGCACCUUCCAUGACCAGAUAGCCAUGCUGAGCCACCGGUGCUUCAACGCACUCACCAACAGCUUCCAGCCCUCCUUGCUUGGCCGGAAGAUCCUGGCUGCCAUUAUCAUGAAGAAAGACUCUGAAGACUUGGGCGUUGUGGUCAGCUUGGGCACAGGGAAUCGCUGUGUGAAAGGAGAUUCUCUGAGUCUGAAGGGAGAAACUGUCAAUGACUGCCAUGCAGAAAUCAUAUCCCGGAGAGGCUUCAUCCGGUUCCUCUACAGCGAGUUGAUGAAAUUCAACCCCCAGACUGCAAAGGAUAGUAUAUUUGAGCUUGCUAGGGGAGGAGAAAAACUCCAAAUAAAAAAGACGGUGUCAUUCCAUCUCUAUAUCAGCACGGCCCCGUGUGGAGAUGGUGCCCUCUUUGACAAGUCCUGUAGUGACCGCGCUGUGGAGACCACGGAGUCUCGUCACUACCCUGUCUUUGAGAACCCCAAACAAGGCAAGCUCCGCACCAAAGUGGAGAAUGGGGAGGGCACAAUCCCGGUAGAGUCCAGUGACAUCGUGCCUACAUGGGAUGGCAUUCGGCUCGGGGAGCGACUCCGUACCAUGUCCUGUAGUGACAAAAUCCUCCGCUGGAACAUACUCGGCCUGCAAGGGGCACUGCUGACCCACUUCCUGCAGCCUGUGUACCUCAAAUCCGUCACGCUGGGUUACCUUUUCAGUCAAGGGCAUCUUACCCGUGCCAUUUGCUGCCGUAUGACACGAGAUGGGAAGACAUUUGAAGAUGGAUUACGAUACCCCUUUACUGUCAACCACCCCAAGGUUGGCCGAGUCAGUGUGUAUGAUUCCAAAAGGCAGUCCGGGAAGACCAAGGAGACAAGCGUCAACUGGUGUUUGGCUGAUGGCUACGACCUGGAGAUCCUGGAUGGGACCAGAGGCACCGUGGAUGGGCCACGGAAUGAAUUAUCACGGGUCUCCAAAAAGAAUAUUUUUCUUCUAUUUAAGAAGCUCUGCUCCUUCCGUUACCGCAGGGACCUACUAAAACUCUCCUAUGGUGAGGCCAAGAAAGCUGCCCGUGAAUACGAAUUAGCCAAGAACUACUUCAAAAAAAGCCUGAAGGACAUGGGCUAUGGGAAUUGGAUAAGCAAACCCCAGGAGGAAAAGAACUUUUAUCUCUGCCCAGUGUAG